ACAGGAAAGAUUACGUAUGCAGCCAAAGUAAAAGUAUUUAAGAGCCCACUCUGAGUCGAAUCCUCACAGCACUCCUGUCAACAAUCAGUCUUUAAUUGUUGCUAGUCUUUCUCUGGCUGCAUUAUUAUCUUUGCUGCACGUUUUCAGCACCGGUGUCAUCUUGAAAACAACAAUGUCCACCCUCAUCAAAGUGUUUCUGCUCCUGGCUGUCAUGGUCUGCAUCUCCCAGGCCCAACUCAAACAAGCAGGACAACAGUGUCUGUGUCACCGUGUCAGGAAUCGUAUCGGCGUGAAGUCUGAAAUAAAGGACGUACAGAUCUACCCAGCAACCAUAUUCUGCAACAAAGUGGAGAUUCUCGUUACCUUCAACAGUGGUCUCCGCUAUUGCUUGAACCCCGAGCUGAAAAACGUGAAAAGACUCGUGACUAACAUCAUGGAUAAAAAGCAGAAGACCACUUCCUCCCCAGUGGAACCCUCCACAGCUGCCAUGUGAUUGUCUUUUAAGCUGCCUGAAAGAAAAAGCACCUCAUACGACCUCUGAACCCUCAACAAAGUCACUUUGACAAAAA